AGGGGAGAAUCAGAGAACAGUUCGAGCUGUCAUGGACAAAGAUAUAGAAGCAGCUGAUGAAACUCAAAGAAACAGGGCUAGUCGGAGUGGAAAUCAUUAUCAUCAGCUGGCCAGGGACACUGCUCAAGCUUUAGCUGAGCUGCAAGUUCCCGGUGCCAGUAAUGAAAUUAUAAGUUCCAAUGAAAGAGGCGGAAAUGAAUCAGAAGCUCGACAAAGAGUUCGUGAGGAAACGCAAAGGGUUAAUGUAAGAAGGAGAGCAAAUCACUAUCACCAGCAAGCUGCAGAUACUGGUCAACCUUUGGCCGAGCUUCAAAUCUCAUCUGCCAGCAAUUUUGACAGCGAAGCUGUUAAUAGCGUUGACGGUAGAAUCGAAAGUGAAAGUCACACAGCCCGUGACAAACAGCAAAUCCCAGCUAAGGGGAAACGAAAAGGAAAAAAGCAUUACCUAGAAGUUGCGAAAGGUACGUCGGGAGCUUUAGCAGAGCUUCGCACACCUUGCACCAGUGAUGAUCGGACUUCACAACAAGAAGCUGGAUUACAAUCUCAGUUCCAAACAACUGAGUCUGUAGCUUGUGAAGAGUCACUGACAGAGGACGAUCCAAAUGCGACUUGCGGAUCAGGCUUCUUUCGUGAUGGAAGUAAUGGAGGAGAGGAAUGGUCUUUAGGGAGUCAAAACGAAGCGACUGAAUCGUCAACCUUUCCUCGCCAGGAAUCUCUGCCUGAAUACAAUCCAGACGCAACUUGUGGGUCAACUUGUAGACCUUUAAGUAGUUACGCUGACGAAGAGAUGCAAACUGAAGGGGAAUUGAACUCGUGUGGCCAUCGCGAAGCGAGCAAGUCUAGUUCAUAUCAGGAAUCGUUAUCGGAAUACAAUCCAGAUGCAACUUGUGGGACGGGGUACUGGCAACAGGCGAGUGCUGUGAUGGAUUCUUUUACCGGUCAGGAAUCUCUUUCGAAAAACGACACUGACUACUCGAGCUUUAAAUCAGACACCGAGAAAAUCGUUAGUACCGAAAGUUGUUGGACUGGAGAAACACCUAAGCCGCUUCCAGCAGAAACCGACACGCAUCAUAGUACUGUUGCUGAAGAAGACGGCAGUCAACAAAACAACAGCUAUCACUCCAAGCAAGAUGGAGAACCUUGCACUAAAAAACCGAAACCCAACCCGGAAGUGACCAAUCACCUUUCACUUUCCUCACAUCCGGAACAUUUCCAUGAAGAGACGGGACCUUCUUGCUGUUCCGCUCUUGCGCUCGGCCAAGGGUCGGUUUCUGAGAUGUCGUCGACAAUGUCGGAGCAGUUUAAGGCAAUGACUACAGAAGACACACAAGAGAACGUAUUACUAAAUGAUGGAGCUCGUUCAAGGGAUACUGAGUGUCUGAGCUCAGAAUUUGAACACAUGAAUAUCGACGAGUACGAUGGCGUUGAACCAAGUACCGGUUCUUACUCUUCUGUUAACUCGCAAACAAGUGAAAACGUGGAUUCCCUUAAGAGCGCCACUCAAGAUUCACUAAAAGAUAUAGAAAAUGGCGCGUCAUAUUCGAGUGGCUUUGAGACUCAAGUUCAUAACCAGGUACCAGCACCGAUGAACGAAAACGCGGAAGUGGCUGGUGCAGUAUCCCGCGAAAGUUUGACGUCAGUAAGUAGUAUCCCCCAAGGUGCUAGACCUAAGACUAAAGUGAAGGUACCUGGAGGAAAGAAAAAUAAAACACCAAAACAAAACACCAAAAACCCUUAUAAUGAGCUUGCGAAGACGGUAUCUGCUGACUUGUCAGCUUUAAACAUAAAGAUGGAUAAUUCACGAUCUGGAAAAUCUACUGGAAACCAUCUCCGAGAUGAUUUGAGAGAUCAAGAGUUACUUGAUGGUGGCAGCUCCCAAGCUGCAGGAACAAGCAACUCUUCCAGAAACGUGUCUACCUCAGAGUUUGGGCUGGUUAAUGCUCGACAACAGCCAAGUGAAGAACAGCUUAACAGACCUCAUGAUGGAAAUCAGAGCGAAGAUUGGUCAUUGUUAGGGGAUGGUGCACAAUUGUCGGACCAAAGCACUAACGUAGUCUCGCAGCACACGCAUGCUACCUCGCAAAACAAGGAUUUUACCUCGCAACAAACGCAAACUUCCUCGCGGCGAAGCCGUAACUCCCCAGAGGCGCGCGCUGCUGCUGAGUAUUGCAGACAACAGGUGCAAGAACAGCAGAAGUUGAUUGAUAAUAUGGCACCCGAACUACAAGCCUUGGUGAUUGAAAUGAUACGGCGUGAUGAAGAAGAACUAGGGGGAGGGCACGUGCUCCGUGAUGUACACUUUCAACCGCCUAUUCCCCCGAGGGAACAAGCUGGGACUUACGAGCAAACCAACAGCCAGGAGGCCAGCGUCCAGGGGCCUUCACAGAAUUCCGGUGGCAAAAAAUCUAAGAAGGGAAAAAAGAAGAAAGGUCAUUAUGUGGAACUCGCUGGUUUGAUAGCGCCAGAGCUGACAAAACUUAAUGGUGUGAUGAACGGACACAGAGAAGAGCAUGAAACAACAGCUGAGCAUGAAGCAGCAGGGAUAGACCAAAGCGAUGGGGCCAACCAAGGCGCUUUGGGUAAUUCGCCGCACGAAGAAAAUGGUUCUCUUCAGGGAAUGCGUCACAAUGGUGCAUAUUCAAAUUCUCCGGGGCCAUCUUAUCAAGGUGCUUGGGGAGGCUCAUCGCGUGGUCUGUCACAUGUUCAAAGCUCACAACCCAAUCGACAGAGACGCGGAAACGGAAACCAUAGCAUGGGUAAGCGCCCUCGGUUAUUCUGUGGGCAUUUGUUUUGGCCAUCAAUUUUUUCCAAAGAAAAAAGAACAUUUUUUAUUUUCUAUUUUUAGUCGUUAUCAAAAUGAGCCAGUAAUCGGCUUUUUAACGGGAGAUAGGCGAAGAGAAAGCGAGAAAGAACGACCGCACGGGGACGGGGAAAGGAGUAAGGCAGCACGAUCUCAUGGAACAUUAGCCUGAUUUAGCAACAGAACGGGAACGUCAGUUGACGACGGCACGGGUAAAUCAGACACCUGGCUUGACCAAUGGUAGAGCGGCAAGUCGCGUUCAGUUCUUUGCGCGCGCUUUCCCGUCGCCAACUGACGUUCCCGUUCUGUAGCUAAAUCAGCCUUUUAUCUCAUGCUACACCUAAAUACGUUUUCUGGCACCAACAUGCUUUAAAGUAAAACUCCGUCAAACGACCCCCUUGUUGAUACGACUACUCUACAAUUUUCCACUUUUUCUAUCCCGGCCUCGAGAUAAACGAUACAAAUGGAAACUAGCCAAAGUCUAGAGAAUAAGUGGAUAAAACCUUUCAAUUAAAUUCUACUGAGCAGCGCCUUUCUUUGGUAAUGUUUGUUGUCUAUUCUUAUUCAAGGCGGCAAAAAUUUCUUGAAUCUAAGGUUGAUAGGUUUCGAAUAGAUUCUGCUAACCAGUACUCCCCAUAAAUCGCCCGCCAAUUCGCCCGCCAAGCCCAAACAUAAGCAGGGAAGUCGCAAAGUGUCCACCGUUUUCCCAUCUAGAACCCCACUUCUCUCGGCUUACAAUAAUCCUCGUGCGGUUACUCUCUAUUCUUUGCGUGGAGUUCUUCUUUUACGCGGGACAUUUCAUUGCCACUCUACGACUCAGAAACUCUGUAAACUGAUAUCAGUAGGCUAGCUGUGAUGGUCGUUUCCUUUUAAUAGGGAGCUUAAGCAGCGACGUUUUUGAGCGACGCACGUCAACCGGAAGUGAGGUAUUUUCCCUCUUAACAUGCCUUGAUGAUACAAAAUUUGUAUUCCUUAGCUUCUUUACUGUUAUAGAGGCGAUUUGACUGAAAAUUUGCGCGAAACCACCGUCAAAAAAUGAAAAAAGGCCACUUCCGGUUGACGUGCGUCGCUCAAAAACGUUGUUGCUUAAGCUCCCUAAUAGGGAGCUUAAGCAGCGACGUUUUUGAGCGACGCACGUCAACCGGAAGUGAGGUAUUUUCCCUCUUAACAUGCCUUGAUGAUACAAAAUUUGUAUUCCUUAGCUUCUUUACUGUUAUAGAGGCGAUUUGACUGAAAAUUUGCGCGAAACCACCGUCAAAAAAUGAAAAAAGGCCACUUCCGGUUGACGUGCGUCGCUCAAAAACGUUGUUGCUUAAGCUCCCUAAUGUCUUGACGUUAACACCUUCAAAAGAAGCAAUCAGACAGGUGAAAAUCUCUAUCCCUCUGAAGGGAAAUCUAGUGUGACCGCAACUGAUGUCUUUUGUCUCAUUCCAGGUGGUGGUGGUGCGAAUUCUCUUGGUAACAGGAAUGGUAAGGAGAACCGGGUCCAGUCCUCUAAACAGCGGAAGUCUAAAGAGGAAGACAAAAACAAAGGCAGCUUAUCUCAAAUUGGAAACAUAGCGUCUUCUUUGCACGAGCUGAACGCUCGCCUCGAAGAACAACAACGCCAAGAGCGCGGACGACAAUCCACGAACGGAGCUGAGGCCCGAAGUUCUCAAGGGGAAGGGCCGGACGAAUCCGUGACGCGUGACACGACUUGCGCUCGGUCACACUCCUCACCGGCAAAUGGUCAUAACUAGAGCGUGCAAGCGUAAUAGUUUGGUAUGGCAUGCUAAAAAAGGGAGCAAAAAAGGUUUUAAUUCAAUAAAUGUACUCUGUAUGUGUUUUAUUAUCCUCUGCGUUGCAAUAUAACUGCCUUUCAUGCACGUAUGCGUAAACAUUUAGCCUUUUAGUUGUGGAUAAACUUACAUCAGAACUUUCAUUAUCCUCGAAGACCCAGGGGUAGUCAGUCGAGUGUGGAGCGAAUACGCGACGAACGUUUUCAAGCACGGGCAGAAGAGCCCCUUGAUACCGACUCUCACCAGACCAAUUCCAAACUAGCCUGUUCGCAGAGCCUCUAUUUUCUCUUCAAAGUCCGUCUAGCGCGCGUGAUAAAAAAUAAAAACCGCGGGGAAUUUAUUGACCGCCAGCGUAAGGGGGUAGGGGCGGGGGAAGAAGAAAAUAUUUAUUUUUCUUUCUCGCUCGCUCGCGCGCUCGCCAAUAUUUUCCAAAAGAACGAAAAUAAAAAUAAAACAACGUCUGUGUACAGGCUAUUUCCAUACGGUCAAGCGAAUGUCGGCUCCUGAUGAAGCACAAAAAUACUCUGUAUUGUUGCUUCUCUUGAGUUCUUUUCCUGUGUUUCUACACGACGAUUAUUGUUUCACCAUAAUUGCCCGGUUCGUUCACAAAGGUUGUGCGUGAAAGGGAGAUUUUUAUGUUCUACUUUCCUAACCAGAAAUUUAAGGUGGCUGAACUCAGUUUUGCGGGCGGUCAGCGGUAACUCACGUGACGGCGCGUGUUUUUAAUUAGACAAACAAACAUGGCGGCGAAAAAGCAAUGGUACACUAAAGACGAUUUCUCAAAAUCUACUCAUUAAAAUUUUUUGAUAUGUGGCGGAAUUUUUGCUUUUAUUGUAUUCUAAAUAAUGAAAACUUUAAAAGGGAAGUUGAACAGACGAAUUUUGUGACACAUGUAAUAAUUACAGUACAAUUAUAUUAUUGAUUAUCUAAAAACCCGUCUGUUAAAAUUUGGUCAAAUAAGUUUCAAAUGGUAUUGAUUAAUUAUAGUAAGCUUUGUGCAAGUUUAUAGGAAAAUCUAAGGAACGAAUAUUAUGUAAACUGAGCAAAAGUGAAAUUGUAAGGUUGUAUUCAAUCGUUCAUGUUGCCAUGGAAACUACGAAAACAUCAAUUUUACCUGUCACUCAAAAUCUUUCAUCAGUAUAAGUUUUAGCUUGUGAGCUGCAACCUUUCUCUUGCCAUGAUUUGGCAAAUGACAUACUCUCACAAACUGCCAAAACUGUGUUCAGCCAGGGGCUCUUCCGCCCGUGCUUGAAAACUUUCGUCGCGCCUUUUUUCUGGACCCGACUGACUGCCCCUUGGUCUCCGAGGAGGAACUUAGACUCAUUCGCAGUGGAACGUGUUCUGUUUAUUACCCAUGCAGUUCAUUGUGCUCUCUGUGUCUCGAACGAACCGUGUGAAUUACUAUAUUAUAUACAGUAAUUUGAGUCCUUUGUAUUGUAUAAUUAUUGCAAUUAGUGCUAAUUAACAGUUACAAACUAUAACCUUUUUUUUUCUUUUUUGAACAGCCCUUUUUCUCGAGAAUAAUAUGUUUUUCCAAACUUUCUACGAGGUUUAAAUUAGACAUUCUCCAGCAGCUGUAAUCGUGAUAACGUGAAAAUAAAUGAAGUGGCCCGUUUCCCCCGACCACAUUAGCCUGCGAACGCAGACGUAUUUCCGAUCGUGGCCUCUCGGGUACUCGUUUGUCGGGAUCGUGUGUUGUCUUUGUCGGCGGCCACGCGGCGACGGAUCACGAUGGUUGCAGUCUAGUCCUGAUUUAAACAAACAAACAAAAAAACAGAUUCUGGUAGUUACCGUUGUGUUUUGUUUCGUAGCUUUUCAAACCUUUUUCGAAGGUAUAAAACUGCGCUUUAUUUGCCAAUCUCGUUCCCAGGAGUCCCUACUACCCUUGGAAGGGAGCUUAAGCAACGAGGACGGUGACGCCAGUAAAAACGUCGCUAAAAAAGUGAAUUGAGAUCCUUUCAAACUUAAUCGCGUCUAUUUGGACCCGCUCAAUUUGUUUCCUUUGGUUGAUUGGAAGGAAAAGAGAGAAGGUAGCGUCCGCAAGCCUUUGGUUGAAAAGGCCUACUCGUGUCAAUCGAGAGAACAUAAAAGCCUCUUGAGUCAACCAAUCACCCACGUUUACUAAGAGGCAAUAAUUCGGGGCAGAAAUAAUGGCGUGACGACAGCUUUCAAGUGGCAGAAGAGUUUGAGCCUUAAAGAUACAGUAUUUACUGACAAUUGUAUUAUGAUAAGCCGAACAAAACUGCUUUAAUACAGAAUGUGUGUGUGUGUGUGUGUGUGUGUGUAUGUGUUUGAAGUGUU